AAUUAGGGUUUUCCAUAUACAUAUAUAUUGUCGUGCCAUAAAGAAAACCAUUCCUCUGCAUUCAUUCAGCGUUCAUCUCAAUCUAGAUUUGUGUGCGGUGCGUCUCCGGUGAAGAGAAGAAGAUGGCGACCGUACCAGGACAGCUCAUAUGGGAGGUCGUAAAGAAGAACAACUCUUUCUUGGUGAAAGAGUUCGGAAGGGGCACUCAGAGCGUGCAGUUCAGCAGAGAGCCCAACAAUCUCUACAACCUCAACACUUUCAAGUACUCCGGUUUGGCGAACAAGAAAACUGUCACUGUUCAACCUGCGGGUAAAGACCAGUCUGUGUUGCUGGCAACAACCAAGACAAAGAAGCAAAACAAGCCUGCUGUUUUGCUUCACAAAUCUGUCAUGAAAAAGGAGUUCCGGAGGAUGGCAAAGGCAGUGCAAAAUCAGGUAGCAGAUAACUACUACAGGCCUGAUCUCAAAAAGGCAGCUCUGGCAAGGUUGAGCGCUGUCAAUAGGAGCCUCAGAGUUGCUAAGUCUGGUGUGAAGAAGAGGAACAGACAGGCUGUGAAGGUCCCUAGCAGGAAGUGAAAUUAGAAAGUUAAAUUGCAUUCUACAUUACUACCAUCCUUUUCCCCCUUUUGUAGUUUGUGUUCCAGAACCAAAAUUUAGAUUUUCGAGUUUUGUUUGGAGAGGCAAUUAUUGUGAGUUUUCAAUAGACAACAACUGGAACUAUGUUAUAGCUUUCAACUGGGUUGGUUUUUUUUUUUUUCAAGAGAUGAUUUAAGUAAGAAGGAUGGAUGUUCAUAUUAUCGUA